UUUUUGCUACAGCAUUUGUAGAGAGAAAAAUAAAUAACAUUUUAAACACGUUUGAUAUUAUGUUAAUAGCAGUUUUAUGUUAUGUUCAAUAACAUGAAGUGCUUCUCUAACAUAAUUUAAUCACUAUUUGUUUGGGUUUGAGGCCAGACAGACAGGCCCAUUAAAUUUUAACAAAGGACCAAGUUUCAGGACAUUCAUCCCGGGGUCAACAAGCAGCAACGCCAGCCAGACGGUCAAGUGAAAGUUUUCUGCUAGUCGCAUUUCAAGAGCAGUUGCGACCAGACAUGAACAAGCGCAACAACAUUCGGCUGCCGCCAGAGGUGAAUCGGCUGCUAUAUGUGCGCAAUUUACCAUAUAAAAUAACAUCCGACGAAAUGUACGAUAUUUUCGGUAAAUUUGGUGCCAUUCGUCAAAUACGCGUUGGCAAUACGCCGGAGACAAGGGGCACCGCGUUCGUUGUCUACGAGGACAUUUUCGAUGCCAAAAACGCAUGCGACCAUUUAUCCGGCUUUAAUGUGUGCAAUCGCUAUCUGGUCGUUCUCUAUUACCAGUCCAACAAGGCCUUCAAGCGCGUGGAUGUGGACAAAAAACAGGAGGAGCUCAACAACAUAAAAUCCAAGUACAAUUUAAAAACACCGGAGGCACCUUAGAAGCUGUCGAGCUGCGUGGUUGCGGGGCUGCCAGUCGCCGCAGGAUCAUAUGGUUCAUUGAACUUUCCACAUGCACUUCUAUAUGCAUAUAAGUCUUAAAGCAAGCCAAUUU